UUCCAUAUCUUCUCAGAACAGAUGAUGAGCCGUUUUUUGUCUUCACUUCCCGUAAAAGGGUAGAAAAAGCUGCUUUUAAUUUGUAUGUUUUUUUCUGGCUGGAUCUUUUCAACCCUUUUGCCAGUUUUGUUUGGAAAAAGCAAAGAAGAAGCACAGCAAGCAGAUUACUCCUCAUCUAAAAUAUGAGGACUUGUCUCCUCUUCUGCCUCCUCUGCCUGAUGGCUCCUGUGAGUUUUGGUCAGAUUCCAGGUCCUCCUGGUCCUAAAGGUGACAUAGGGGAUCCUGGGGUUCCUGGGCCCUAUGCAAGGGAUGGUUUACCUGGUCUUCCUGGUCCACCAGGAAUCCCAGGUCCACCAGGUCCACAAGGAGCUCAUGGAGCCCCAGGAAGAACUGGGAAACCUGGGAGACCAGCUACAUGUGACGCAGGUCCCUCCAGUUCCAUUAUGAAGGAGCUUGAAACCUUCAAGACAAAUGUUGCAAAGUUAGAGCGGGCUAUAAACUAUGACUAUGUCCAAAGAGUUGGUGAGAAAUACUUUGUGUCAUAUAAGGACAGAGGUUCUUUCUCCAUGGCUGUUGAGUUCUGUUCUCAGCGAGGCUUAGAGCUGGCUUUGCCCCAAAAUACAGAGGAAAACGACCGACUCUCUCAUUUCUUUGGCUCUGAUGACAACACGGUGAUGUGGAUAAACAUCAACAAUAAAAAAGGGAAUUUUGAGGUGGAUAUGGAAAAUCGACCUCUGAAGUUUGACAAAUGGGCAGUAGGGCAGCCGGACAGAUCAGUCCAGGAUACCGGCUGCACCAUGCUGACAGAGAGUGGCUUCUGGAGAGUCACACACGACUGUUUUCAGCAUGUUUAUAUUAUCUGCCAGUUAUAGAAACCAGUGAAUGCUUGCAAAAGCAUUUUUUUAAAAUUAUGUAUACCAAUGUUUAGUAGUUCAGCAUCUGUACUCUACUUGUAUUCUCAUCCAUCAAAAUGUAAGCCCUGACAUUGUUAAUGAUAUCCAACUGUACAGUGAAUAUUCUACAAUAAACUAUUAUGUGUUUAACACUAA